AUGGGAAAACGACUAAUUUUCGCUUUCGUCAUCACAUAUUCCACAGCUUUAUUCUGCUCACAAAUCGAUAUUGGCUCUGACAAUGGAAAAAUUGGCGAUAUUGUGUCGUCAGGAGUUAUUCAGCCUGGCUGGACUUUUCAAAAUGCAGCUUAUAAAUCUCCACCCAGUGAAGCAAUACUUUAUUUGUAUAUUCGUGGACUUGAGCUUAUAGGUCCUGAUUUUGAAUCAAUUGAAUUCCACCAUGAGGACGAAGCCAAGCCAGACGACCACAAGUGGGUUUGGAUGAAUGUGACAAAAGAUGAAAAAAUUUCUGGCUUAUUCAGUGAAUCACUUACUUACUCCCCCCCCCUCCAUGAGUGAACAAAACCAUUAAAAAAAUCGCUAUUUUUUUGCCCAAAAACCCACCCUCCGUGAGUGAACAAAAUUUUUUUUAAUAGAAAAAUUUUUUAUGGAAAAAAAUUUUGAUAUAUAAGUGAUAAUUAGCAUAACGAAAUCUAGAGCUAAUUCUGUGUAAUUUUAAACAAAUUCCGUUUUAAAACAUAAAUUUUUAUGAGUUAAAUUAAUAUUUGCUUUCCAAUUUUGCAAAUUAGGAUUUUUUUAAAUUUCGAAAAAAAAAAAUUAAUCCCCCUCCGUGAGUGAACAAAAUUUUUUUGUUCACUCACGGAGGGGGGGAGUUAGUAAAAUAAUUCUCGAGUAGCUUCUGGCCAGCCAUGUUGGCUUUUCAUGUCCCUUGUUUCGCUCCGCUCCCUCUUUUUUGCCAGCCCGAUUCCACAGCUUAAAGGCAUGUCUUGCUCCUCCAGAUAAAGGCUUGCGGAGGUAAAGACGCUAGGCCACAGUGGGUAAUAGGUUGCCUUUUCCGAAAAUUCGAAAGCGAAUUUUUUGGUCAGGUUAUCGAUGAGGGGAUACUUGUAGACUAGGGCGUAGCUCCGGUAUCACGCUGGGAAAAUGCCCGAUUGGCCAAACUAACGCUCCCUGGACUUUCUGGGAUAUCCUUUUCCAAUUCCAUCCUCCAUGAUGCAAAGCCUUGCCUAGAUAUGAGCUUGCGGUCGGUCAGUCCUACAUAGGCUCCACCAUGCCAAGUAAACCCCAGCCGAAAAACUCACUGUACGCUGUUCUAUCUUCCAAAAGGUCCCUAGUCUCUAUCUGACUGCAGGGUUUAAAAGACAGGCUGUUUAGCAACAGCAUUUUUAUGUUUAUUCAGCGAAUAUACAGUAUAUAAAGUAGAGCAAGAGUGCUUAAAUAGAGAAGGUGGGACGACUCUACACAUGAAUGUAACAUUUGGAGCAUCUGGGUGUGACCCAAUCACAGUAAAUUGGCUGAAAAUAUGUGGUCAGCCAACUACAACGAGGUCAGGUCUAUCAGUUGGGUUUGGAACAAACUCAGCAGAGCUUGCCUAUGAUGGCAUCCCUACUUUACUUUUUGAUGGGAAUACAAAAGAUGACUCAUAUACAGUUUCUAGUGAUCUAGACGAUAUUUUGGUAUAUAUUUAUAUGACUGAUGAAAUUACCAAAACUUUUCUGAAGAGUCCUUAUAUCAUUACAGAUCAUGAAGUUAUGUAUCCUACUCUUAAUGGGAGCGCAAUGACUGGAGGAUGGCUUGAUAGUGAAAGAAAAGAGUUACAGAUAAAUUUUAAUUGUCUGGUUGAUGAUGGGGUUAAAGAAGAAUUAGUUUUAGUCAUCGAGAUCCCAUAUUUUCAUGAUAUAGAGCUGCACUUCUUUAAAAAGUGUGGGAGCAUAAGAAAAAGCAAAAGCAAAAUUAGCUGGGGAGUUAUACUAUUGAUUUUAGCUGGUGGAGGUGGAAUGUGGCUUCUGUGAUACAUGUAUAAUAAAAGAGUUAAUGGGGAAAAAAUAUGUGAAGAUUCAUGUGGAGACGCAAUUUCGGGAAUUUGGAGUUGGCUGAAAAGCCAUAAACCACAAGCUUCGAUGCUAAAGAAGCCUGCAUCAGAUAAAGAACUUGGCUCUUAUGAAGGAGACGAUGGAAAAGUAGGAUUUAAUGUCCAUACUCAAUAUGGAACUGUUUAA